CUGGUUAGUUUUAAUGCACCUGACAGGUAGCGGCGAUUUUUAAGAGACAUUCGUUAAUUGCAAGGUAGCACAAGCUGCACGCGAGCUGAAUGUCGGACGAAGAGUUUUACUAGGAAUUAUAUGCAUUAGCAAAAAAUUGGUUACUUAGAAACCAUCACCACCGCGUACCGUCAUCUUCAUCUUCCGUAGCAACCACCACCAUCAGCACCCUUUCACGGCAACCCACCACACAAUUGGAUCAAAGGCAGCACACAAGGUGCAUUUGGGCAAUGGGAGGCAGCAAGCGCAGAGACGAGAUGUUGCUGAACUCCGGCCCCGACGAUGAGAACGGAUACGGCACGGUGGACGGCGAGCACGGUGCCCAGCUCCACCUAGCGAGACACGAGGUGCUACAGCGGGCCAGGAACCGACUGCUCAUCGCUGCCGUGCUGAGUCUGAUGGUCAUGGUUGCGGAAAUAGUAGGUGGCUACCUGGCUGACAGCCUAGCCGUAGUCACAGACGCAGCCCAUAUGCUGGUCGACUUUCUGGGUUUUAUCAUCGCCCUACUGGCUAUCUGCUUAGCCCGGAAACAGCCCAGCCAGAGACUAACACACGGCUGGCAUCGAGCAGAGAUUAUAGGAGCCCUCUUCUCCGUGCUCAUUAUCUGGGUCAUGACGGGAGUGCUCAUCUACCUCGGUAUCAAACGGGCCAUGACGGACCGUCUCGAGAUCGAUGCUAACAUCAUGAUCAUAACAGCAUCCAUCGGGCUGACCAUUAACUUCAUUCUAGGGUUCAUACUACAUUUCAAAUGUGAACGUGGUAACAUUAUGCCAACUGUGUCGGUCCUUGAGGCAUCGUACACGGAACAUCAGAGCAUGAACCUACGGGCGGCCACGCUCCACGUCAUUGGUGACAUCAUACAGAGUCUCAGCAUUCUGAUUGGUGCAAUCGUGCUUUACAUUCGUCCGGAUCUGACCAUUAUCGACCCGAUACUGACGAUCAUAUUCAGCGUGGUCGUGUUCCUGACCACGUGCAGACUGUUUCGGGAUAUCAUGACGAUACUCAUGGAGGCUAAACCGACCUCUAUUGACUUCGCCGAUGCUCGUCGCCGAUUGGUUGAGAUUGACGGCGUCGAGGGCGUUCAUUCCUUGCGCAUAUGGUCGCUGACAAGUGGCGUUCACGUCAUCACUGUCCAUUUAGUAAUUGCCACGCUGUACGAUGGCGAGCCGGUCAACGCCCGUGGCAUCCUGAAGGAAGCCCGCCACAUCUUGGAAACCAAGUUCGGCGUGCUGUACUCCACGGUGCAAAUCGAAUACAGCGACGACGGCAUGGCCUUCCUAUGCGCCCGCACGCCCGGACCGUCCGAUUAAAAAAAAAAAAAAAAACGGUGACCCAUAGAGCGCCCUCAAGCUGCUUGAAAUCCGUAGGAAAAAAAAACCGAGACGGAAGUUUUGCACGAAUGAUUUUGAGUGAUAGUUGGUUAUCAAUUGUGCCAAUUAACGAUUU